AUGGCGCGGUUGGGUCUUUCGUUCGCUACUCUCGCUCUCUGCUUAAUCCAGGUUUACGCUCUGCCGUACCUCGACGAGUACGCAGACUGGAACCUUAAUACCAAGCAGGGCGAAACCGACCCGACCAAAUACUGGGGACAAUGGGAAGACCACGACUUCCAGCCGUCGCCAGACAACUGGCGCUUCCCCUUCUACACGCUCUUCCUCGACCGCUUCGUCAACGGCGACCCCUCCAACGAUAACAUCAAUGGCACCCUUUUCGAGGUCGACAUCACCUCCAACCAGUUGCGCUAUGGCGGCGACAUCGAGGGCCUCAUCGACACGUUGGACUACAUUCAGGGCAUGGGCAUCAAGGGCAUCUACAUCGCCGGCAGCCCCUUCAUGAACUUGCCGUGGGCCGCAGACUCGUACUCGCCCACCGACCUGACCCUGCUCGACUGGCAUUUUGGUAACAUCACGAUAUGGCGCAACGCCAUCAGCGAGAUCCACGAGCGUGGCAUGUACGUGAUCCUCGACAACACGAUCGCCACCAUGAGCGACCUCAUCGGUUUCGAAGGCUAUCUCAACGGCACCGCGCCCUUCAAGUGGGAUGAACACAACGCCGUCUACAAGACUGGAAGGCGCUACUGGGAUUUCGACGUGUCCAAUGACCAGAAUGACGACUGCAACGUGCCCAAGUUUUGGAACAAGGAUGCGACCAUGGUUGGAUCCAACGUCACGGACAACUUCAAGACCUGCAAGAAGUCCGAGUUUGAUCUGUUCGGAGACGUCGAGUCGUUCGGAACCUACCCCGAAUACCAGAAGCAACUGUCCAAGUUCUCGUUCGUCCAGGACCGUUUGAAGGAAUGGGACCCGACCGUGCUGAAGAAGCUGAAGCUCUAUUCGUGCAUUGCCAUCAACAUGCUGGAUUUUGACGGCUUCCGUAUCGACAAGCAGCUGACCAUCACCCUGGAAGCCCAGGCCGAGUGGUCGCAGUCUAUCCGCGAGUGCGCCGCCAAGGUCGGCAAGAAGAACUUCUUGAUUUCCGGCGAAAUCGUGUCGGACAACACGCUUGGAUCCAUCUACAUUGGCAGGGGCAAGGAGCCGCAGAUGAAAUGGGCUACCAAUGAGGAGUCUUACACGGCCAACCUCACCUGGCCGGAAGCGCCCGCCAUCUACCAGCGCAACACCAGCGCUGUCGAUGCCUGGGCCUUCCACUACACCGUCUACAGAAGUCUUUUGCGUUUCUUGGGCAUUGACGGUAUCUACGAGGCCGAGCGCGAUCUCCCCAUCGACUGGGUUGACGCGUGGAACGAGAUGGUCAAGACCAACGACAUGAUCAACGCCAACACGGGCAAGUUUGACCCGCGCCAUCUUUACGGAGCCACCAACCAGGACGUUUUCCGCUGGCCGGGUAUCACGAACGGAACUGACAGGAAUUUGGCUGGCCUUUUCGUUACGACCAUGAUUAUGCCCGGUAUCCCGCUCCUUUUCUUCGGUGAGGAGCAAGCUUACUACGUCCUGGAGAGUACUGCCGACAACUACAUUUUCGGCAGACAGCCCCUGUCCUCGUCUCUCGCCUGGCAAGACCACGGCUGCUACAGCAUUCCCUUCACCAAGUACACCAACUUCCCGCUCAACACGUCCCUGACAGGAUGCAAGGACGACACCGUGAGCUACGAUCACCGUGAUCCCUCGCAUCCCGUCAGGAACAUCAUCAAGCGCAUGUACGAGCUGAGAGCCGCUUUCCCGACGCUCAACGAUGGUUUUGAGCUGCAGAAGCUCUCAAACAUGACGUACUGGAACUAUCUGCCCGGCUCGAAGGGUACUGGCACGGAAAUGGGUCUUCGAAGCGUUGUGAGAAUGCGCCACGAGGCCACCCAGGACUUGUCCGGUUCCGGUGCAGGUAACCUGCCCGUCUGGCUUGUGUACAGCAACGAUAACACCACGACCACCUACACUUUCGACUGUUCGGACAACAACAGGUCUUUGAUCGCGCCCUACGAUUCUGGAACCACGGUCAAGAACCUGUUCUAUCCCUACGAAGAGUACACGCUCAAGUCGUCGCCCCUGAAGCUUGGCCUGGAAGACCAGACUGGCUCCAACGGCUGCUUGGAUGAGCUCGAGAUGAAGCAGUGGGGUUUCAAGGCUUUCGUGCCCGUUGACGAUUUCGUCGAUCCCAACCCGGUCAUUACCAAGUUUGUGCCUGGUCAUGACUCCCGCAUCAAGGCGACGAAGGAGAAGGAGUCGGUUGACAUCGAGAUCCACUUCUCCCACGAGAUGAGCUGCGACUCGCUCACGAAGGCCAUUUCCUUUACCUCGGAUUCCGCCGACGGCUCGUCUCCAACCAUUUCCAACGCCCAAUGUACCACUAUGAGCAACACCACUGAACAUGACUACAAUGGCGCUAUUCCCAGCGCUUGGAAGUACGCGGCAACGCUGACGGACGUGGCUCACGGUGUCCACCGCAUUACCAUCACCAACGCGACCACCACGGCCGGACUGAAGACCGGAACCAAGGAUCACUUCAUGAUCCGCGUGGGUGACGAGAAGAACCCCAUCACUUUCCCCAGGACUGCCAAGUUCUCGUCCACUCUUGUGGGCGGAUCGAGCGACAAUCUGAUUGUUUCCCACAACGCGGCCGGUGCCACCAAGUUCCGCGCGUCGAGAGAUUGGGGUUCGACCUGGACCGAGUGGCUUGAAUACACGGGCGAGAACUACACGAUGCCCGCGUUGAAGUGGACCGGUACCAACGAUCAGAAGUGGGAUGGCGAGCACGUCAUUGUGCAGUACUGGGGCCGUCUUGUUUCCAGCAGUGCCCACCAGCAGGAGGGUGAUCUGAACAGCGAGACGACGCGUGCCUUCCCGCACAUCUUCGUCAACGGUCCUUACAACCAGUACGGUUACGACGGUGGUCUGCACAACACGGCGACCUUGAACACGACUGGCGGUGGCGGUUACCACUUCGAUCUUGCUACUGAAUGGCCGGCCAAGAUUCAGUUCAACAUCUGGGGCAUGAAUCCAGAUGGCAAGCCUGACCAGUCUUUUAUCUACGGCGACAUCGACGGUGACGGUGUCCUUGACCGCCUUCCCCCGUCGUCGCUGACGUCCAACACGGUGAACAUCUCGAGCCUUCCGUCCAGCCCCUACACGGCGUACAGGCUUGCCGUCUCUUACGAUGGCAAGUCUCUGACUCUCCAGCCUACCGGCCACAUGGGUUACCAGCUUACGCUGUUCAUUCUGCUCUGGGUCAUUCCCGUCCUGACUGCCGCGGCCGUCAUUUGGCUCUACAUGAAGUCGUUCUACCAGGUCAAGUUCAACACCAACGGUGUUGCGCAAGCAGCCAAGGCAUCUAUUCCUCUUGCUCUUCGUCGCAGGAUGAAGCGCAAGGCCGAGUACGAGAAGGCGGCUAUGGAGUCUACUCCCAACCUUCAAGUCACCACUGCGCCCGGCUCUCCUGGCGAUGUCUCUGCUCUCGCUGCCGCAGCUGGUCAUGGAAAACGCCGCGCUGUUCUCAUUGCCACCAUGGAGUACGAUAUUGAGGAUUGGAACAUCAAGAUUAAGAUUGGUGGUCUCGGUGUCAUGGCGCAGCUCAUGGGCAAGUCCCUUGGUCACCAGGAUCUGAUCUGGGUCGUUCCCUGCGUUGGUGGUGUCGACUACCCCGUCGACGAGGUCGCCGAGCCCAUGUUCAUCACCAUCAUGGACAAGGUCUACCAGAUCAACGUCGGUAUCCACAAGCUUCGCAACAUCACCUACGUUCUCCUCGACGCCCCCGUCUUCCGCCAGCAGACCAAGUCUGAGCCUUACCCGCCUCGUAUGGACGACCUCGACAGUGGUAUCUACUACUCUGCAUGGAACCAGUGUAUCGCCGAGACGGUCAAGCGUUUCCCCCAGAUCGACCUGUACCACAUCAACGAUUACCACGGAGCCCUGGCGCCGCUGUACCUCCUGCCUAACCUCAUUCCUUGCGCUCUCUCGCUCCACAACGCCGAGUUCCAGGGUCUCUGGCCCAUGAGGACGCACGCUCAGGUCAAGGAAGUUUGCUCGGUCUUCAACUUGGAUGAGGAAAUCGCCAAGCGCUACGUCCAGUUCGGUGAAGUGUUCAACUUGCUCCACGCCGCCGCCAGUUAUCUGCGUAUUCACCAGAAGGGUUUCGGUGCCGUCGGUGUCUCUAGGAAGUACGGUAAGCGUUCGUUUGCUCGUUACCCCAUUUUCUGGGGUCUGCCGAACAUUGGUUCUCUCCCCAACCCCGAUCCUACCGAUACCGGCGAGUGGGACAGGAAUGAGAAGAUUGAUGGCGAUGUUCCCGUUGAUCCGGCCUACGAGGCCAGCCGUGGCGAAUUGAAGAGGCAAGCGCAAGAAUGGGCCGGCCUGAACCAGGAUCCCGAGGCUGAGCUUUUUGUGUUCGUCGGUCGUUGGUCUAUGCAAAAGGGUGUCGAUCUCAUCGCCGACGUGUUCCCCUCGGUUCUCAAGAAUUACCCCAAGGUUCAGCUCAUCGCCAUCGGUCCCGUCAUCGAUCUGUACGGCCGUUUUGCGGCCAUCAAGCUGCAGAAGAUCAUGGAACUGUUCCCCGGCCGCGUCUACUCCAAGCCCGAGUUCACUGCUCUCCCGCCUUUCAUCUUCUCCGGUGCUGAGUUCGCUCUGAUUCCGUCCCGUGACGAGCCCUUCGGUCUGGUCGCUGUCGAGUUCGGUCGUAAGGGUGCUCUUGGUGUCGGUGCGCGUGUCGGUGGUCUGGGUCAGAUGCCUGGUUGGUGGUUCACUGUCGAAUCGAUGACUCCCAAGCAUUUGAUCCGCCAGUUCAAGUCUGCCAUUCACGACGCUCUCGCCUCCGACACCGCGACCAGGGCCCAGAUGCGUGCUCGUUCGGCCAAGCAGCGUUUCCCCGUCGCCCAGUGGGUCGAGGAUUUGGAGACUCUCCAGUCGACGUGUAUCAAGAUCAACCACGAGAACGCUGGCAAGCACAGGGGCCUUGGUCUCUCCUCGCCUUCUAUGCUCAGUCUCUUCGGCAAGUCUCCCAAGCUCUCGCCCAAUGCCUCGCAAGUUUCGUUCGGCAUGGGCACGCCAACUGGCUCCCGUCCCGUCUCGGCCGCUCACCUGUCCGUUCCUCCGCACUCGCCUGGCCAAGCUUCUCCUCGUCCCGACGACAUCUACUCGCCCGCACUCAACUCUCCCGCCUCGUCUCCCGGCCAGAACGACGUUCUGCUGCCCCCUCCCCCGCUUUUGGGCGCCAACCUCGUUGGUGGUGGUUACGACAGAGGAAGUGUGGCAAGUUUCAACACCACCUUCAGCAACUCGUCGGUUCUCAGUUUGGACACGGUUGUGGGUUCGCGGCACGACAUGGCUCUUCAAAAGGUUGACCCGUCUUUCACCGACGCCAAUGGCUACUUCUCGAGGGAAUUCGAGCAAAAGCUGGAGAAGCUCAACCCGAGCACAUCGGAGAAUCAGCUGUGCAUUGAGGACAUCCUGAUCAAGAGCGAGAAGAAGUGGCACAACACUUACCGCGAUGCCAAGCUGGGCAAGACGCUGGACGAUAGCUCUAUGCUCUCGCUCGGCCUUCCCAACACGCGCCCUUCGAGUCCCGCUCCUUCUGCUCUCAGAUCGGCCAGUGGCAGAGACAGCCCCUUCGGCGGCCGCGAUACCAUGACCGAGAUGGACGACGCCAGCGGCAGCUACUCUUCGUACGACGACAUGCACCCGCUGGGCAAUGGCUACGACACGCCGACGGGAAUCAAGAAGUUCAUGAUGAUCAAGCUUGGCGAUUGGCCCAUCUACUCGCUCUUCCUGGCCCUUGGUCAGACCAUCGCGGCAAACUCGUACCAGGUGUCUCUGCUUUCCGGUGAAAUUGGUCAGUCGGCCACUACUCUGUACAUCAUCGCGACCAUUUUCGCCGUCUCUUCGCUGGUGUGGUGGUACCUGUUCAGAAGGAUCAAGUCUUACUACGUCCUCUCUCUGCCCUUUGUUUUGUACGGCGCGGCUUUCUUCUGCGUUGGCGUUGCUCCUUUCGCCACUUCGACGAUUGGAAAGACGUGGGCGCAGCGUGUGGGCUCGGGUCUCUACUCGGUCGCAUCUGCCAGUGGUUCCAUCUACUUUGCCCAGAACUUUGGUGACGAAGGUGGUGCUCCCAUCAAGACCUGGAUUCUCCGCGCCUGUCUCGUUCAGGGUACCCAGCAGAUCUACAUCAGUGCCCUCUGGUACUGGGGAUCUGCCCUCACUCAGCUUUCGGACUCGGGUGUCGAGACGCGAACAUCUACCCCCACGGCCGUCAUUGCCGGUGUCUGUCUUCCGCUGGCCGUUAUCUUGUGGGCUAUCGCUGCCAUCGUCUACCUUGGACUUCCCAACUACUACCGCCAGAUCCCCGGUGAUGUGCCUGACUUCUACCGCUCCCUGUACCGCCGUAAGAUCAUCAUGUGGUUCUUUAUCACCGUCUUCGUCCAGAACUACUGGCUCGCUGCGCCUUACGGCCGCAACUGGCGCUUCCUCUGGACGACCAACCACGCCAGCGCUUGGCAGAUCGCCAUCCUCGUCAUCUUCUUCUUCAUCAUCCUCUGGGCCGCCGCCUUCUGGUACCUCGGCCGCCUCUCCAAGUCGCACUCGUGGAUCCUCCCCAUGUUUGCCAUCGGUGUCGGCGCCCCCCGCUGGGCGCAGAUGCUCUGGGGUGUUUCGGGCAUCGCCAACUACAUGCCCUGGAUCGGCAACCAGACGGCCUCGGCCCUCGUCGCGCGCGCCCUGUGGCUGUGGCUCGGCGUUCUGGACGCCCUUCAGGGUGUCGGCUUCGGUAUGAUGCUGCUGCAGACGAUGACGCGUUUCCACAACACCUUCUCCCUCAUCGCCGCCCAGUUCAUCGGUUCGGUAGCGACUAUCCUCGGCCGCGCGACGGCGCCGGAUCGUCUCGGCCCUGGACCCGUUUUCCCCAACUUCGCCGUUGUCGGUGCCUCGGGUUUGGCGAACGCCAGCUUUUGGAUUUGCUUGUUGAUGCAGCUCGGCAUCUGCGUCGGCUUCGCGACCUUCUUCAGAAAGGAGCAGCUCAUGAAGCCGUAA